UUGUAACAGAUAAUAUUUUUAUUAUAGAAAAUUUAUAAUUUAAAUAAGUGAUAAAUUAUUAACAUGUAAUAACAUGUUAAUAACAUGCAAUAAUAUCUUCAUAUUUAAUAUAUUUAUAUAUCAUGCUACAGAAAAGGAAUAAGAUAUUUUGUAAUAUUUUAGACAUUUUAUAUUACUUUUUACAAUUUAAAAUGAUAAGCUUAGAAAUUACAUUCAAUUUAACGGUAAUAUAUGAUUUAAUUACAAUUCCUCUCGUUCUCUAAAUAGCGUUGCUAUCUAAUUUCGUUCUAAAUCGAUAAUGUCGCAUGUGACAUAUUUAAUUACAAUUCUUUUUAGCAGUUAACCAUAGUAGCGUCGUUAUCUAAUUCCAUUUUGAAUCGAUAAUGAUGCAUGUAACAUGAAAAUACUAAAAAAAAAACAGAUGGCUCAAAGGCAAAUUCUUAAAACAUCGCAUGUCGUGUCUAUUCUAUAUUUCUUUUAUGAUCUAUAUUGUAUUUCAUCUGUAUAUAUUGAAUAAUAUCUUUUUACUACAAAUUAAUAAAUAUAGUUGUAUAUCAUCUAUUCAAUCAUUUUAAUAAAAAUUUUUAAUUCAGUGAAAGUGUUAAUUUUAAUAAGAAUUAAUAAUCCGAUGUGAUCAAUAUUGUUGCAAAUAUUAUUAUAUACAUAUUGUUAUCGAAAUCUAUAAUUUCUUAUUGAUUAACAUUAUAGAAAAUAUACAUUUAGAAACAUUUAGAAAAAAAUUAAUUGCAAUUUGUAAAAAUUUUUGGAACUAAAUCACACCAAAUUUAUAAUAUUACAUAAUAUCAAAUUUAUAUAAUCAUAUCUUUAUCAAAUUUUUAUAAUCAUAAUUAUAAAAAAUUUAAUAAUAUCACAAUAAUAUACAAGGAAUCUGAAUAAUAUCGAUAAGUUUCUAUUCAAUGAUAUCUAUAUUUUAUGAUUCAUAAAAAAAUUGCACAUUCAGCAAGUGGGAUUCAUAUUUUUAAUAAAAGGUGGUAAUUUAUAUUUAUUUUUAAUUUGUGACAGAAUUCUAAAAUGUUUGAAAAUAUAAAUAACAGAUUGCUACCAAUAAAAGCACAUUAUUUUUUAUUUAAUGCAGCUACUGGACCAAUAGUGCCAUUCUUACCAACAAUAGCAAAACAAUUAGGAUUUUCUGGCUUUUUAGUAGGCACAAUAUAUACAAUAUUACCAAUUUCUGGUUUAAUAGCAAAACCUUUAUUUGGAGCAUUGGCUGACAAAUUUAAAAUUCAUAAAAUAUUAUUUUUAAUAUUUCAAGUUAUAGUUGCAAUAGCUUUGUUCACAAUAUAUUUUAUACCUGAAAUACAUAAUAAAGCAAAUGUUUAUCUUACUUGUAAUGGUGAAGCAACUUUAGAAAUGUGUUCGAAACAUGGAUUUUCUGAUAAAAUUAUACAAGAUGUAAUAACAGAGCUUCACUUAAAUGAAUCGUGUCAGGUAUCUUGUAAAGCCACGAAAGAAAUUUAUUUAGAAAUCUGUUCAUAUUGGAAAGUACCUCAUUUUUGUGAAUUAGAAAAUUCAAGUACUAUUUUGGAUACAGAUACAUUUAAUUUUACUUUAACAUUUGAUAUAUUUCAUGAUUUCUAUAUAAAUAAUUGUAUGUAUAUACGUAUUUUUACUGCUCAAUUCUCAGAUGGUGCAAUAUACAAACCAGCUUGUAAACAUCAUGUGAGAACAUCAUGUAUAGCUACAUGUUAUGAUAACCCAAUCUUUAAUCAACUAUUGUAUGAAAUUGAUGUUUCUGAGAAUUCUACACAGAAUUCAACAUACCAAUUUUAUUCAUUUUUAUGGGCAACUGUAAUAAGUUGGAUUGGAAUGGCAGUUAUAGUUAGCAUAACAGAUGCUAUAUGUUUUAAUCUUCUUGGAAAUGAAAGAAGAAAUGAGUAUGGAAAACAAAAAAUGUGGGGUAGUAUUGGUUUUGGUAUUUUUGGAAUAAGCGCAGGAUAUCUUGUAGAUAUAUUUAGUGCAGGAAAGCUUCAAAAAGAUUAUACUUGUAUAUUUUAUAUUAUGUUGAUCAUUAUGAUUUUUGAUAUUAUUGUAUCUACAACUUUAAGAAAGAAAAGUCCAGAAUACUCUGAGGAUGAACCUUCAAUAUUAUUGGAACUAUUCACCAUUCUUAGAGAAGGCAAUGUUUUGGCAUUUGGAUGGUGGUGUAUAGGAACUGGAAUGUGUACUAGUGUAGUGUGGAAUUUUCUAUUUUGGUAUACUGAAGACCUAGCAAACUCUAGUUUUCAAAUAACACAUCUGAAAACUUUACAAGGGCUUUUGACUGGUGUACAGUGUUUUUUAGGAGAACUACCAUUUAAUUUCAUCUCAGGAAAUGUACUACGAAAAUUAGGUCAUGUAAAUGUUAUGAGUUUAGUUUUACUGAUUUAUGCAAUUAGAUUUAUGGCAUAUAGUACUGUAUCAAAUCCAUGGUGGUUUUUAAUUAUUGAAAUACUUCAUGGACCUACUGUAGGUCUUUGCUGGCCUACAAUGGUAUCAUAUGGUGAUAAAAUAACGCCAUCUGGUACUAAAGCUACUAUACAAGGAUUUAUCGGUGCUAUAUUUGAAGGAAUUGGAGUAUCAAGUGGUAGUUUUAUAUGUGGAUGGUUAAUAGAUACAUAUGGAGGUGUUGUAACAUUAAGGGUAUUUUCAGUAGGUGCAUUACUGUGGUUACUUUGUUUCUGGCUCAUUCAACUGUUAUUACGAAAACUUAAGAUAUCACCGAUACAUACAGGUCAUAAUCAAAAAUAUUUUUUCUUUGUUGAUUUUUUCCAGAUUUGGCGAAUUAUGCUAAUCCAGAUGAUGCAAUUCUUAUGACUAUGAGUCGCGAAUUACAAACUUAUUAAUAAAAGAAAAAUGGCAGUGUUUUUGUUAUAGAAAAUUGAUAUAUUCAUUGUUUGUUCACUUAGAUAUGAUUUUAAUUGAACAAGUAAAAAACAUAUUUUUCUUAUUAUCGGAUAUUUUAGGUCUUAACAUAUUCGUGACUCAUUUUUAUAGGCAAAUAUUAAUUAUUCAGUAUUAUAUAUGGUAGUUGUAAAAAUCUUAUUAUGCUCUAUAAUAUAUACAUUUUUUUUAGAUUGAA